AUGGCAAAGGCUAAUGACCACCUCAACUGGGACUUCUUGAUUUAUUUAUUUCAAAAGUGUGGCUUUGGGGCAAAUGAAGCUUAUAAAGAUGGUUCUCUUCGCAUAGUUCGAAAUGGAAUAGGAAUUAAUGAACAGGCUUCAGUGGAACUUCAAGGUAUUAAGGGAAUGUGGUCACUAAGAUCUUCCACAGAUGAUCCAUUUGACACAUUCCUGGUUGUAAGUUUUAUCAGUGAGACACGAAUUUUGGCGAUGAAUAUUGAGGAUGAGUUGGAAGAAACUGAGAUAGAGGGCUUCUGCUCUCAAGUGCAGACCCUAUUUUGCCAUGAUGCUGUUUUCAACCAACUUGUACAAGUAACUUCAAGCUCUGUGAGACUGGUCAGUUCUACAUCUAGAGAGCUACGGAAUGAAUGGAAUGCUCGACCUGGCUAUUCAAUUAAUGUUGCCACUGCUAAUGCCACCCAGGUUUUAUUGGCAACUGGUGGUGGCCAUUUGGUUUAUUUAGAAAUUGGAGAUGGGGUCUUGACGGAAGUAAAACAUGCACAAUUGGAGUAUGAGAUCUCAUGCCUUGACAUAAACCCCAUUGGGGAGAAUCCCAACUAUAGUCAGCUAGCUGCUGUUGGUAUGUGGACAGAUAUUAGUGUGCGGAUAUUUUCGCUUCCUGACCUGAAUCUUAUCACUAAGGAGCCUUUGGGGGGAGAAAUUAUACCUCGCUCUGUUCUUCUUUGUGUCUUUGAAGGGAUAUCUUACUUGUUAUGUGCCCUUGGAGAUGGACAUUUAUUAAAUUUUCUAUUGAACACAAGUACUGGUGAACUAGCAGAUAGGAAAAAGGUCUCUCUUGGGACCCAGCCUAUUACUCUUCGCACUUUCUCUUCCAAGAAUACUACACAUGUAUUUGCUGCGUCAGAUAGGCCAACUGUUAUCUACAGUAGCAACAAGAAGCUACUUUACAGCAAUGUUAAUUUGAAAGAAGUUAGCCAUAUGUGCCCUUUUAACUCUGCAGCUUUUCCAGACAGCCUUGCAAUUGCAAAAGAAGGUGAACUUACUAUUGGCACCAUUGAUGAUAUCCAGAAACUUCAUAUCCGCUCUAUACCGCUUGGGGAGCAUGCACGCCGUAUCUGUCAUCAAGAGCAGUCCAGGACCUUUGCUAUUUGCAGUCUGAAGUCAAACCAGUCCAGUACAGAAGAUUCUGAAACGCACUAUAUCCGUCUGCUGGAUGACCAGACCUUUGAGUUCAUAUCCACUUACCAACUUGACACCUUUGAAUAUGCUUGUUCCAUCCUUAGUUGUUCUUUCUCUGAUGAUAGUAAUGUGUACUACUGUGCGGGCACUGCAUAUGUAUUACCAGAAGAGAAUGAGCCAACCAAGGGCCGAAUAUUAGUUUUCAUUGUUGAAGACGGGAAGCUACAGCUUAUUGCUGAGAAGGAAACCAAAGGAUCUGUUUACUCUCUGAAUGCUUUCAACGGCAAGCUGCUGGCUGCUAUCAAUCAAAAAAUCCAAUUGUACAAGUGGAUGCUCCGGGAUGAUGGUACUCGUGAGUUACAAUCUGAAUGUGGACAUCACGGACACAUACUUGCCCUCUAUGUGCAAACUCGUGGAGAUUUCAUUGUUGUUGGUGACCUGAUGAAAUCAAUCUCCUUGUUUUUUUGAUAGCAUGAAGAAGGUGCCAUUGAGGAGCGAGCCCGUGACUAUAAUGCAAAUUGGAUGGCAGCUGUUGAGAUUCUUGAUGAUGACAUUUACCUUGGUGCUGAAAAUAACUUCAAUCUUUUCACUGUUCGGAAGAACAGUGAAGGUGCCACUGAUGAGGAGCGGGGCCGUCUUGAGGUAGCUGGCGAGUAUCACCUUGGAGAAUUUGUCAAUCGAUUCCGACAUGGUUCCCUUGUUAUGCGCUUGCCAGAUUCUGAUGUGGGCCAGAUUCCAACUGUCAUUUUUGGUACUGUUAAUGGUGUAAUUGGAGUCAUUGCUUCCCUUCCUCAUGAGCAGUAUCUCUUUUUAGAGAAGCUUCAGUCGAACCUGAGGAAGGUGAUAAAGGGUGUUGGAGGGUUGAGCCACGAGCAGUGGAGGUCAUUUAACAAUGAGAAGAAAGUAGUUGAUGCCAGAAAUUUUUUGGAUGGAGAUCUCAUCGAGUCAUUCCUUGAUCUCAACCGUAGUAAGAUGGACGAGGUUUCAAAAGCAAUGAAUGUUACAGUUGAGGAGCUUUGCAAGAGAGUUGAAGAAUUGACGAGAUUGCAUUGAUAUUGUAACCUAGUUGAAGGGUUUUGUUUUUUCCCCUCACUUGUAACAUUUUGCAGAUUAUAUCUUCUUUUGUUUUGGAAUAUUUGAGUACAUAAUGGUUUGUAAAAAAUAAUUUGUCCUGUAUGUGUAUUAUAUCCAUGAUCAUUUUAAGCUA